AUGUUUGCAUUGGGCGAUUCCCCACCUACGCCACGGCCCAAGAAGAAGGCUGCCCACCCGCGAAAGAAGCCGAAGGAAGACGCCAUGCCCAUCUCAUACGCCAAAGCAGAGCUCGGCUAUGAUGACGAGGAUGAGCCUGACUUGGAAGGAGAGCUCGAAAAGCUCAUGGCUGAUCUCGACGGCACCGAUGACACUUUCGAUCUUGGGAGACUCGACGGCGUCGAUGUCUCUCUUGGUAGAAAGGUGACCACCAAAGACAUUGCGGCGGGCGCUGCUGCUUUAUAUGAUGCUGGUUUCCAGGGCGAGCUCAAGGAUAUCAUUGGUGAUCGCACAGACGGGGGCCACAUGAGAAGCGACCGCGAUGACAUCAUUGAUGCUUCGAUCGCCAAGAGCCUUCAUGAGGUCGCCAAGACUGUCACAGCUUCAACUCCAAAGGCGGCCGAGGAUGACAAACCCCCAGCUCCUCCACUUCCGCGCCCUGAGCCAGAGCCUGCCGGGCUGCCGGCUGACUUGGGCGGCUACAAGAUUUGGCGUGCAGCAGCUGACCUCUCAGCCCAAGCAUUUGAACACAUGCAUUCGGCAGUCGAGACAAAGUCAGUGGGGCAGGGCGGGGAGGUGUCGUUGGUGCUGAUAUCUAGAGAGGGCGCCCCGUCUGUCGAGUAUGAACUGGCGCGACCCGAUUGGCAGGAACGGCCAGAGGGUCAGGGAUGA